GGGGCAAGUGUACGUCAGGUCUCGAGCGCCAAGGAGGGCUGCGGACAUCCCGGCAGCUGAGAGGGUACCUGGGCCGCUUCCGUGCUGUCUGUCUAAGAUGGAGUUCCUCCUAGGGAACCCGUUCAGCACACCAGUGGGGCAGUGCCUCGAAAAGGCCACAGAUGGCUCCUUGCAGAGUGAGGACUGGACGCUGAACAUGGAGAUCUGUGACAUCAUCAAUGAGACAGAUGAAGGGCCAAAGGAUGCCAUUCGAGCCCUGAAGAAGCGGCUCAACGGAAACAGGAACUACAAAGAAGUGAUGCUGGCAUUAACAGUGCUGGAGACAUGUGUGAAGAACUGUGGCCACCGCUUCCAUGUCCUUGUGGCCAACCGAGAUUUCAUUGACAGUGUUCUGGUCAAAAUCAUCUCUCCCAAGAACAACCCUCCUACCAUUGUACAGGACAAGGUGCUCGCUUUGAUCCAGGCAUGGGCAGAUGCCUUUCGAAGCAGUCCUGACCUCACCGGCGUCGUGCAUAUAUAUGAGGAGCUGAAGAGGAAAGGGGUUGAGUUUCCUAUGGCAGAUUUGGAUGCUCUGUCUCCCAUACACACACCACAGCGGAGUGUCCCUGAAGUGGAUCCAGCUGCCACCAGGCCCAGGUCCCAGCUGCAGCAGAGGACGAGUUCCAGCUCCUACUCCUCGCCUCCUCCUGCUCCCUACUCUGCUCCGCAGGCCCCGGCGCUGAGUGUGACCAGCCCCAUCACAGCCAACUCAGAGCAGAUCGCCAGGCUGCGCAGUGAACUGGACAUUGUCCGUGGAAACACGAAAGUUAUGUCUGAGAUGCUAACAGAAAUGGUGCCUGGGCAGGAAGACUCGUCCGAUCUGGAGUUGCUCCAGGAGCUGAACAGGACCUGCCGGGCCAUGCAGCAGCGCAUCGUGGAGCUCAUCUCCCGCGUGUCCAACGAGGAGGUCACUGAGGAGCUGCUGCACGUCAACGACGACCUCAACAACGUCUUCCUCAGAUAUGAGAGGUUCGAGCGAUACAGGUCUGGCCGAUUGGUUCCAAAUGCCAGCAAUGGAGUGCUGAACGAAGUGACCGAAGACAACCUGAUAGAUCUGGGGCCAGGGUCUCCAGCCGUGGUGAGCCCAAUGGUGGGGAGCACGGCACCCCCAUCUUCCCUCUCAUCCCAGCUUGCUGGCUUGGACUUGGGGACCGAGAGCGUCAGUGGCACCCUCAGUUCACUCCAGCAGUGUCACCCUCAUGAUGGCUUUGACAUGUUUGCCCAAACAAGAGGGAACUCCUUGGCCGAACAACGCAAGACGGUUACCUACGAGGAUCCCCAGGCUGUUGGAGGACUUGCCUCUGCCCUAGACAGUCGGAAACAGAUCUCCGAAGUGAAGAGAAUUAAAGGUGGGGACUCUGACCUGGAGCCAAUAGACAGCUGGCUCAUUACCCAAGGAAUGAUCCCCGUUGCGCAGCCCUCUGUCAUGGACGACAUUGAGGUGUGGCUCAGGACGGACCUGAAAGGCGAUGACCUGGAAGAGGGCGUCACCAGUGAAGAGUUUGAUAAAUUCCUUGAAGAGAGAGCCAAAGCUGCUGAAAUGGUUCCCAACCUCCCCUCACCCCCUGUGGAGGCCCCAGCCCCGGCCUCCAACGCCCCCGGCCGAAAGAAGUCUGAGCGAUCAGAGGACGCCCUCUUCGCCCUGUGAGCUGGUCUGCGGUUUGGCUCGGCAGAUGGCAGGUCCCUCUUGUCUCUAGCCACUGGCACCUCCUCCUGUCCCCAGCCCCCACAAGGCCCUAUGGCCCUGCACUGCUGUCUCCAUGGAAAUGCCGCUGUAUUUGCUUCCAGGCCUCCCACUGGUCAGGACAGCUUUAGCCACCUUUUCUCUAGGUGGUAGGUGGUGGGACAGUAUCGCUGUGGCUGGGGGGGCCCCUCCCACCCACAGGCCCCCUCUGCUCAUGGUCCCUUCCAGGAGAAUCAGGCAGUAGGGCCCAGCCUCAGGCAAGGUCACCUGCCCACAGAGAAGGGGGUCAGACCCUGGCCUCUUCCUCCAUAUGCCCCUGCCCCUUCCCUGGCUCAAGGUCUCAGGCUGGCCUGCUCUCCCUGCCCCUCUGUUUCAGAAAGGGCUUGUCUGCACCUGCAGGCUCCAUCUCCCUUCUGGGCAUGUGUCACCAGGUGACACGUGGUAUGCUUUGCACUUUAGAAGGCUCUGUGGGGUGCCUCUGCAUGACGGCUCUCCUCUUGAACCUCUCUUUGGGACUCAGUAGCUGAGCCUGGGACCAGUGGCCCCUGUGGCCCCGCACAUUGCUGGCGUCGGGGGAGGGCAGGCCUGCCGAUUAGCGAACACUACCGAAAACCAAACUGCCCACACUACAUGCUCCCGCCCUCCACUGCCAUCUGUGGAGGGCUGCCCAGGAGGCCUUGCUCUGUGAGUUUGUGAGCAUGCUGUGCAGGGGGCUUCAGCCUGGUCCGUGGCAGCCUCCGAGCCACUGCCUGUGGGGCCCAACCGCAGACAACUUUGUGCCAUGCUUGGAUCCAAAGCAAAACUAAGGUCCCUGUUCUCCUUGGCAUGGGCCUGGGACUUCUCCACAGGCUGUUCUGGCAUCCUGACCUCCUCCCACCCCAGGUACCCCAAGGCCGCAGAUUUAUAUUCUCUCUCCAAGCCAACCGAGACGGCUGACAGCCUGGGUUCGCCAGGGCCCGUGACACCUGCUCCCAUCCUGAGCCCUGGCUGCCAUGUCUCUGGCUGUAGGCGAGGUGCUCUGGGCUCAGCCCAAGCCAGCUUCCGCCUGACUCCUCCCUGUGCUGCUGCUGCUGCUGCUGCUGCUGCUGCCGCCGCCGCCCCAAAACAAACAGGCUGUGCAGCAGCUCUGCACCAUCCCGUGGUCUCUGGGACCCAGGCUGGUGCUCCGGCCUGCACUGCCCAGGUGUCAGGGGCAGGCCGGGCCAGGCUGCACGUGCUCCCGCUCCACCACAAGGUCAGCCUUUCCCGCCUAGUGGCCAUGCGGGAGGAGGAGCUAGGCUAAUGCAGGUGAGUGCUGCGGGCUCUGGAGAGGAGGUCAGCCAGCCAAGGGCCGAGACCACCAUGCUGAACCCCCGUGGGAGCAGUUCUGGUGGCAGCAAGGUGCUGCGCGCCCCAGAGCCCCAGGCCCAGCCUAGCACCAUGGCAGCUUCCUCCUGAAAGGAGGCUUUGGGAUCCGGCUGGGGGUCCAUCUGGCAGGACCAGCUAGAGACGUCACGCUGCAGGUCCUCAGAGGAUACCCAGGGAGCAGCCGGGAGCUCUGCCAGCCAUCCACUCUCCCUCGCCCUGGCCCUGGCCAGCCCACACCUCUCCUCACGUUCCCUGAGGACAGAGGCCCUGAGGCCAGUCUGGGCAUUAACAUGUCUGAAGUCCGAAGGCUUGACCUGAGCUUCAGAGAAGGUGGCUGGGGUGGCAGUCAUACCCAGCAACCCCAGGGAGCAUCCCCAGCCUUUUCUUGCUGAUGGUCAGGGCUCACCUUUUCCAGUGUGCCAGCCCGUUGCUGUGGGCAGCCGGGCAUCAGGUGGGCAGUCCUGCAGGAGCCGCAGCCCCACGGCAGCCAUCCAGUGUGCUGCAACAGAAGAGCCAGCCUCCACCUCUUGUGGGAGAGGAAGUCUUCACAGACCAGAGUCUGAGGGGAGAGCAGGCUCCUGGCACCAAUUGCAGCCGAAGCCUGCUUCUGCCUUGGGAGACCCCAGCACAGCUGCUUCUAAUGCAUACCCGCUAUCCAGAGCUGCCCCCAGCUCCGCUGGGUAGCAGGGCUUGGUGGACUCCUGCGGGCUGGCAAGAAGGCAUUGCUCCAUACACAGUAGUGUCACCUGCCUUCCCAGCCUGGAGCCACCCCUCCUGCUUACAUGUCACCUCCAGAGGCAGUCUGCCCCUACACUGAAGCAGGUGAUGCAUGCUUGAGGCCUGCACAGGAAGCACGGAUAGGCCCAGGUGCCAGCGAGGGAGAGGGUGCCACUCAGCCCUUCCUGUCCUGAGGCCAUAGGCUCCCUGGACUAAGUCCCCUCCAUAUUCCAUCUGGGAGCAGAGCCCCCUAGGAGAGUGGGGCCCUCCCAAGCUACCAGCCUCUCCACAAGUGUUAGAAAUCACAGAUAAAGUGUGUACUUAAUGACACUAAGUUAUUUCUGCAAUUCCUUAUAAGCACUAAUUAUACCUGAUUAUAGGUUAAAGUAUUUAUUUUGUCAAAAUAUUUUGUUGGGGACAUGUUUAACCUUUUGUGUGUUCAUUGUGUGCUGAGAUGUGGAACCUAACCAUUUCCCCCGCCGGCCUUUCUGGAGGUGGGCUGAAGGGACGGCGUGAGGUGCAGCCUGACCCAGGGCCCUGGUGGGCCUUUGGCCAGAGUGUCCCUGCCCAGGAUCCCAGGCACCCAGCAGGGACAUCAGCUGUCAUCGGCAUGCAUAGGGUGAGGGGGUUUGGAGCUAAGAGGGCUUGUUGCUGGACUGGGCUGGGGAGAGGGAGGGGAGUGGUCGUCUUGCCUGCCCUCCUGUCAUCAGCCUCACAGUUAUGAGCCCGCAGUAUGAGUGGCCGUGCUGCCUGCUCUGGCUUAUAACCCUUCCCUUGCUUACUGGGGUCCAUAGCAAGAGGUCCUAGGAGGUGUGGGACCUGUACUGUCACUCAGCCCCUCAACUGGAAGAGUGGCAGCGAGGUCUCUUGUGGCCACUGGAGAGCUGCAGACACUGACUUCUCUGGGGUCACUGGGGCAGAUGCCGCCUGCUGCCCCCAUUCUUGCUCCUCCUCUUCCUGCCUCCACUUCCCUAGUUCACCUCUCCAGACAGUGCUAACUCAGUCCAGCCCAGCGUGAAGGGGGGAGGUUCCAGGGAGCUGAGGGCCAGCCAGAGAAAGGUGCCCCAAAGAGCACUGGGCUGGCAGCCUGACCUCAUGCAGCCUACUGUCUGUCCCCUGUGAGGACCAGGGCUCCUCUUCCCUGUUCACCCACAGAGGGAACAGCCAGCUUCAUCAUCCAUGGCUAAGGGUAUGUGUACCCGGAAGAUGCCCCCGUGGUACCCUACUCUCCCAGUGCCUUGCCUGCCUGUGGGGCCCAAGCCAGUCUUCCCCUGUAGCACCGCCCACCCACCCCGACAACUGUCAGCCCCGGGGUCACACUGCGUCUUUCCUGGAAAACCUCCAGGCUCUCCUGGGAAAAGGAGGAUAGAUGUUUAUUUCCUAAAGUUUGCAAUUCAUUUGUGAGGGUUCUCAGGAUUGUUGGGGACUGUUGAGGAAAGGAAUGCGUUGAAUCUGUUGUUCACUCAUCCCCGAGGUCUGGUGUUUCAUCACUGUCGUGUGUUUCUGCAGGCAGAGCCAGCUCUGGAGGGCAGGUCAGUGCACCUGAGGCUCAGCACAACACCAGAGCACCCGCCCACCCUCUGGCUCUCCUUCCAGAUAGUGUCUCUUGAGUUUGGGUUCUUGCAUGUAAAGUGUUCCACAAUAAACAAACAAACAGCUGGUUCCUCUGUGA